GGCGCUCUCGGUUACGUCACGCGUGAGGCGCCGCGGCCUGGCGACGGUCGCUCCGCGCUCUGGAAGCUUCUCCCGAUGGCGGAGGGAGCGGCGCCGCUGCGGCUCUCGGAGGGCGACGUCGACCAGGACCCCGCGGCAGCCGUGCAGAAGCUGACAGUGUCCCUAGAAGAGCAGCCUGAUAAUUCGGGGUAUUAUUGUCAACGAGCUUAUGCUUACAUUCUUCUUCAAAAGUACCAUGAUGCCAUUACAGAUGCAAAGACGUCCCUGGAGCUUGACCCCAGCAAUGCUACAGCAUUCCUCAGACAAGGGAUAGGCGAAUACCACUUGGGGAGCUACAGUGCUGCAAUGAAGUCUUUUAGUGAAGGACACAAACUGGAUAGUACGGACAAGACGUUUGCCACCUGGAUUCAAAGAUGUGAAGAAGCCCUUAACACAGAAUCACAGGCUGAACUGGACGAUCAGGUUUUGCAGCAACAGUCACAGCCACCUAAGAUCAAGUAUGACUGGUACCAAACAGAAUCCCAUGUAAUAGUUACAAUUAUGAUCAAGAAGGCAAAGAAGGAUGAUGUAAAUAUACAGUUUUCAGAGUAUGAGCUAACUGCCUUGGUGAGGGUUUCCUCAGAAGAAGACUACAGAUUAAAGCUUCAUCUUCUUCAUGCCAUAGUUCCAGAACAAAGUACAUUCAAAGUACUUUCUACAAAGAUUGAGAUAAAACUGAAGAAGCCAGAGGCUGUGCGAUGGGAGAAACUGGAGGGGAAUGGAGGUUCUCCUAAGCUUAAACAAUUCACUCCAGAAUCCAUGCACUUGUAUCCCUCAUCCUCUCAUUAUACAAGAAAUUGGGACAAAUUGGUGGGUGAGAUCAAAGAAGAAGAGAAGAAUGAAAAGUUGGAGGGGGAUGCCGCUUUAAACAAACUUUUCCAGCAGAUCUACUCAGAUGGGACUGAUGAAGUGAGGCGUGCCAUGAAUAAAUCUUUUAUGGAGUCCGGCGGGACUGUUCUGAGUACAAACUGGUCUGAUGUGGGUAAAAGGAAAGUAGAAGUCAAUCCUCCAGAUGACAUGGAGUGGAAGAAAUUCUAACCUGUUCCAGUGCCGUUUGUGUGUGAACAUCGUUGGAGCUGAAGCGCUGAAUGUUUUUUUUUCAGGAUUGUUCCCAUCAUAUAUUUUACACGCUUUAGGAAUUCCUUAAUCUACAGGUUUAAAAGGUGUGAUCAGGAAAGUUAAGAACUGAAGCUUAUUGUCACUGCUGUCCAAGGUUUUUUUUGUGUGUGUUUGUGUGAUAUCCCAAACCAAGUCAUAACGCUCAUUUUCCACUGGGCUAGUUAGCUGUGCGUUUGGGGACUUUUCAGAACCUUUAGUGAAGAUUGCUUAGGAUCAUUGCCUUAUUAAUGCACACGAAGUCUGUUAAAUUAUUAGCUCUGGUGAUGUCGGGGUCUAUGCACUUCUCAGCUACGUUGUUAAGCUGUCUCUUUUAAUGCUGUAUACAAAUAAAACUGUAAAGAGAUACCUUUUCCCAUAAAGUCAGCGUCAUUGUACUUCUGUCAAAAAGAAACAGUUGUGGAAAGCACACUGUCAGUAUUGACUUUCCUUAUGCAUGAUGAGGGACACCAACUUUUUGUUCUCAGUAUUACUUUCAGUUUCAUUAAAAAUGUUUUCUGUAAAAAAUUGGAUUCGGAAUGCAGCAUGAAAAGAGGCCACCCAAAAUACAGACAACUGGAUCUUUGCAGACAUACCUCGGUUUUUCUUAAAUUAUGAUAAGUGAUCCAGUGUCUCUCAAAGGACCUUCAAAUUUAAUAAAUGUUAUUUUCCUUAA